GUUCCAUUGCGUUUUAUGUGGCGUCCUCGGUGUGCAGUACGUGAUUAAAUGGCUUUAAAAAUCUGCCGUUUCGGUCAAGACGAGCAAACCUAUUCACAGUACGUGGUUUAAUAAGAUAGCUUUCUGUCUCAAAACCGUAAGAACUCGACAAAACCACGGCUAAGGACGCACAGCGGCUUUGUGAUAGUGUGAAAUAUCUCGGAAUGGAACGCGUCCAAAGGAGAUUUAGCCGCUCUUCUUAUCACGCUCUCCAGCGGUAGCAGCAGGCUCCCCCGGACACCAUGGUUUGUGCUCCUCUGAGCAGCGGAGAGUUUGCAGCCUCCUCGUCUCAACUGGAAUGAGCGGUGUGCCGUAGACGAGCGGAGGCGGCGUGUGUCUCCAAAACAAUCCCCAUCCAGCGCCCGUGUUGUGUGAGAUCAGCGCGUCCGGAAGAUGGGGCAUCCUCCUCUAGAGUUCAGCGACUGCUACAAGGACAGCCCAGACUUCAGGGAGACCCUCAAGUCCUAUGAAGUGGAGCUGGACAGGACGAACAAGUCCCUCAAAGAGUUGAUCAAAGAUGGCAACAGUGUUAUUACUGCAAUUAAGGGCUAUUCCUUGGCAGUGCAGAAGUUUUCCCAGACUCUCAGUGCUUUUCAGUUCGACUUCAUCGGCGACUCCCUGACAGAUGAUGAGAUUAACAUAGCUGAGUCAUUCCAGGAGUUCUCUGGACUCCUGCAGGAAGUGGAGCACGACAGGAUGAUGCUGGUCCAGAAUGCAUCCAAUCUCCUCAUCAAGCCCUUAGAGAAGUUCAGAAAGGAGCAGAUAGGUGCAACAAAAGAGAAGAGGAAGAAGUUUGAGAAAGAGAGUGAAAAGUAUUACUCCCUGCUGGACAAACAUUUGAACCUUUCUGCCAAGAAGAAGGAGAGCCAGCUCCAGGAGGCGGAUGACCUCCUUGACAGAGAGCGGGUGAAUUUUUACGAAUCAUCAGUGGAGUACGUAUACCAGAUCCAUCAAGUCCAGGACAGGAAGAAGUUUGACGUUGUGGAGCCGGUGCUGGCAUUCCUUCACAGCAUUUUAACUCUCAACAACUUAACAGUGGAGAUGACUCAGGACUUUAUGCCUUAUAAGCAGGAGCUGCAGCUCAGCUUGCAGAAUACUAGAAACCACUAUGAAAGCACCUGCGAGGAGUUGGAGGAGCUCAUGAAGAGAAUGAAACAUCCAGCUCAGAUUUCAAAGAUGCACAAUUUUCUGCCGAUGGAGGGUUAUUUGUACUGUCAGGAGAAGCGGGCUCUUGGUGCAUCAUGGGUCAAGUAUUUUUGCAAAUAUCACAAGGAGGAGAGAAAGCUGAUCAUGGUGCCAUGUGAACAGAAGCCUGCAACAAAGCAGGCCCCAACGCUGCUCACUCUGAAAUCCUGCGUCCGCCGUAAGACGGACUCCAUAGACAAGCGCUUCUGCUUUGACGUAGAAACCGUCGAGAGAAACGCACCCGUCACUUUCCAGGCCCUUUCGGAGGGGGACAGGAAGUUGUGGAUGGAGGCCAUGGAUGGAAAAGAGCCUAUUUAUCGCUCCCCGAUUCACAAUCAAGCAGAAAUGGAGCUAAAUCAAACUGGAUUCAAGUUCGUGCAAAGGUGCAUCAACUACAUUGAAACUAAAGGAGCCACACAAGAAGGAGUAUACAGGACAGUCGGCAGCAACAUCCAAGUGCAGAAGCUCUUAAACGCCUUCUUUGAUCCCUUAAAUCCUGGGAGUGUGGAUCUCAACAGCAGCGACUGGGAUGAUAAAACCAUCACAAGUGCAUUGAAGUUCUACCUGAGGAGUCUUUCUGAACCUCUAAUGACCUACGAUCUGCACAGAGAACUCAUGCAUGCUGCAAAAUCCGAUAAUCUGGACUUUCGACUGAGUGAAAUUCAUUCACUAAUCUACAAACUACCAGAGAAGAAUCGUGAGAUGUUGGAGAUGCUUAUUAGGCACUUAGUAAACGUGUGCAGCCACAGUGAUGAAAACCGGAUGACUCCCUCCAACAUGGCAGUUAUCUUCGGGCCCACACUCAUGAGGGCGAAGGAGGAGACGGUGGCGGCCAUGCUUGAUAUCAAGUUCCAAAACAUUGUGGUUGAGAUUCUGAUCGAGGACUACAAAAAGAUCUUCGCCUGUAAGCCGGAGGACGGCACCUCCCCACCUAUCCCUCCUCCGCGGAUCACGCCUAGGAAGCGGCAGCCAAUCACCAUCUCCAAGCGCCCGGCUCGCACUUACCAACCUCUUAGUCACGAGCACUCCCAGCACGCAGAGAAUGGCCAGAAGGACACCUCUACCGUGCAUGGGGAUGUCCCAGCGAGCCCCAAACCCAUAAAGCCGACAAAACCUAUGAGCUUUUCCCCCCUCGUCCCAAGAGAACCUCUUGCGAAGCAAGCGGGAUUGCCCAGAUUGGCCAACCGUCAGGACAGGCAAGCUGACUCCGACGCUGAGAAGUUAGGUGAUACGAGGCAAAAGCCAGACUCUUCCCUGGCAGCAAACGGGGUCUGUGUGAGCAGGGCGCCAUCGUUUCAACGACAAAAAGCACAUCCAAAGGGAACGCCAGCCAGCCGAGAAGGACUUUCUGAUGGUGUGACCAGAACAAAGUCUGCAGAAAAACAUUCUAUUACUCGGCCCCCUAUCAGGCCUCCUGAGCCCCCUUCCAGAUGCACUGCUCCACAAAAGCUCCCCGUUGCAGCCAGCAGUGAGGGAACGCCCACAUCUUAUGUUGCAUCAAAGACCAAGUUUUUUGAAAAUGCCUCCAAACAAGUUGUCAGUCCGCCAACCUCUCCACCACCCUCACUAGCGACAAAUGUGAAAAAAGAGAACUGAAGUUAAAAGGUGGAACAGUGGACAACGUUAUGCAACCUUGACACAUGUUCCUUGAUGCACGUUAGUCUGGAGGGAGACCCUGCUGAUAAAUACAGACUAAGUGAGAAAGAAGUUCCCAUCAGAACUGGCGGGAUUUGUUUGUGUUCCAGUUGAUUAUCAGAAGUGUGAGUGGUGUUGUAAAGCAAAUUGGUAGCACAACAACAGAUUCUAUUUAAUUGUCAUUCCCUACACCUGUUGAGUAGUUCAUCUCAUUUACUCUUUUUACAGUUUUAUUUGUUCUAGUAAUUUUUUUGGUCUGUAUUACUUGUAAAAGUAACCACUGUGCUGACUACGGUAUGCAACGCAACGCUAACAGUUGGUCUUAGCAGUGUGACUGGUCCAAAGAAGACUAACUGAUCCAAACAGGACUUUAUCAGCUUAGUUAUUUGAAAAUGUAAUCUAUUACCUUAGACUAAUUCAUUUCUAGGAUUUUAAAGAGUGUGUCUACUGUGUUUGUUUCGUAGCUGAGAAAGCUAAUUUUCUCAUAUUUUUCAGUAUUAAAACAUGCAGUACUGACAGGACACCAAUAAGAAACUUUUUAUCUUUGGGCUGAAAACAGGAGGAAAAUGAAGAAGCAAAUUCUGUGUUAAGGCUAAUCAACCAAGAAGCUGGAAUGUUUUGGCUUACAUCUCACCCACUGUGUGUUGAAUUACUGCUAAUUUUAGUAAAACCCCCAUGCGCAUUUUGUUUUUACUUACCAACUUUAGGUAUUUGGGGUUGUAGGGGAGACUUCCCAAACUGUCAGUGAAAUGUUUAGGAUUACAAAUUCAGAUGUAAUCAUAUAGAAUGUUAAAACACUCCAAUGUUUUAUUGUUAUUUCUGUUCUUAAUGCUAUGUUCAUUUCACUUGUUUUUUUUUUUGAUAACUCAACUUGAAAUUGUGUAUUCUUGCCUAUUUUUCAAAAAGGAAAAAUAAACGAGAAGAAAUCUUAGAAUUA